UCCAGUCAUGGCACAUGCAAUCCCUCCUCCAAGAUCCUGUUGGCAUAACAGCGCGUAGACGGGCAAUAUCCUGUUAUUGCCUCGCAUGCAAUUCCUCAUACGGCAUAGCGGAGAAUAUCUUCUCUCAACAUACACGUCGCGUCACCUGUCCGUCAACAGUCCCCUAUAAAUAUAGAAAAGAGAUCGUUCGCUGCACCUUAUGAAAUAGAACUUGCACCUGUUUAAAUCCUCAAUCUGAAGUCGGAGCAUAUCCUAUUUCCCCUUUACGAUGGACGCCGCCAAAGAUGCUAUCAGACAAAUCUCUAAGCGCGAGAAAGAGCUAGAGCAAAAGAUUGAAGAAAAACUGACUGUUCUAUGGAACGAGCUCCCAGACUGGCAGCAAGACAACCAGUACAUCCACUCGGGCUACCGACCUGCCACAAACUCCUACAGCAAGUCAUUUGCAUCAGUCGGGUACAUCCACAACGAGACUGUCAAUAUCUGGACGCACGUCAUUGGAGCAUUACUAGCCCUCGUAGGUGCCGCGGUGGCCUAUCAAACACUUGGACCGCGCUACGAAUCCGCUACGAGAGAGGAUGUUCUGGUGUUUAGCUGCUACUUCCUCGGUGCUAUAGCAUGCUUAGGCAUGAGCGCGACAUAUCACACCAUCUCAAACCACAGCCACGAAGUCGCGAUCUGGGGCAAUAAGCUGGACUAUCUGGGCAUCGUAUUUUUGAUCUGGGGAAGCUUUAUUCCGGUCAUGUACUACGGGUUUCAGAACGAGCCGCAGUUGAUGAAGACGUAUGUAACUAUGAUUACGACCCUGGCCGCAGCAACCUCCACCGUCUCCGUCCACCACAAGUUCCGCACGCCCGCUCUCCGCCCUUUCCGCGCGCUGAUGUUCGUGCUGAUGGGCUUGUCGGCCGUGUUUCCUGUCAUCCACGCCAAGAGUCUCUAUGGCUACUCCCAGCUUCGUGAAUCAAUUGGUAUCGAUUGGAUAUUUCUAGAAGGAUUUCUGUACAUCUUUGGCGCUGCAAUUUAUGCGGCGCGGUUUCCAGAGCGGGUAUGCCCAGGUAAAUUCGAUAUUUGGGGAUCUAGUCAUCAGAUCUUCCAUGUUUUGGUUGUGUUGGCUGCGAUAAGCCACCUUGUGGGGUUGGUCAAGGCGUUUGAUUAUGAGCAUAGCGCGAGGGGUGGAGUGGAGAAGUUCAUGUUUUUGAAAGGGGCGUGGAGAUAGUUGCAAUUUAGAUGUGUAUGGACGACUUCAGGGCGAUGGUGUCGUGGUCCAGACUAGAUAUCAGAAGAUAGAUUAUGCAGUACGAAGCCUUCUUGCG